UCAUCCCAAAGGAUUCCCGGAGUGCUGCGCGGCCUGUGUUGGGGACUAUGAAGAUGGCGGCGAUUGGGGUGCAUUUGGGGAGCACUAGUAGCUGUGUGGCGGUGUAUAAGGAUGGUCGGGCUGACGUUGUAGCAAAUGAUUCAGGUGACCGUGUGACUCCAGCAAUUGUUGCUUACAGAGAAAAUGAGAAGGUCGUCGGCUUGGCUGCAAAGCAAGGCAGAAUCAGAAAUGCUACAAACACUGUUGUGAAAGUCAAACAGAUUCUUGGCAGAUGUUUUGACGAUCCUCAAGUUCAGAAGCAUCUAGCUGAAAGCAAGUGUUCGCUGAUCAAUAAGGAUGGCAAACCCAGAUAUGAAAUUGAUACCGGAGAGCAGCUCAAGGUCAUUGCUCCAGAGGAGGUUAUGCAGCUGAUUUUUGAAAAAAUGAAAGAAACUGCGCAGUCAGCGCUAGGCUCAGAUGUAAAUAAUGUUGUUAUAACUGUCCCAUUGGACUUUGAGAAGAACCAGAAGAAUGUGCUAAGGCAAGCAGCCCAGGCAGCUGGUUUCAAUGUGCUGCGACUGAUUCACGAACCUGCAGCAGCACUUCUUGCGUUUGGAGUCGGGCAGGAUGCACCAUCGGGAAAGAGUAAUGUACUUGUUUACAAGCUUGGAGGUUCGUCCCUCUCUAUCACGGUAGUAGAAGUUAAUAGUGGCAUGUACCGGGUCCUUGCCUCUCACGCUGAUGACAGCAUAGGAGGAGAGUGUUUCACAGAAACCUUGGCACAGUACCUAGCAUCAGAAUUUCAGAGGUUAUUUAAACACAAUAUAAAGGAAAGUCCAAGAGCCAUGAUGAAGCUUAUAAAUAGUGCUGAAGUUGCUAAGCAUGCAUUGUCAACUUUGGGAAGUGCAAACUGUUUUGUAGAUUCACUUCAUGAAGGUUUGGACUUCGAAUGUGCUGUAUCCAGGGCACGAUUUGAAUCUCUGUGUGCUACACUGUUUAGCCAAAGUAUCCAACCUAUCGAGAAGCUUGUAGAAGAAGCAGGACUUUCACAAAGUGAUAUUUCUAAGGUUGUGCUCUGUGGGGGCUCAGCCCGCAUUCCAAAAUUGCAGCAGAUGAUUCGAGACUUGUUCCGAGACGUCGAUUUGCUGAACUCCAUCCCUCCCGAUGAAGUGAUUGCAGUUGGUGCUGCAACUGAGGCUGCCUUGCUGUUGGGGAAGGAGAGCAUUGCACUGGAGGAGGAGGGUCUCAUCGUGGAGUGCUCAGCCCGAGACAUUCUCGCUAAGGAGACUGACGUGACUGGCUCUGACACCUACACCGUCGUGUUUCCAUCGGGUACUCCACUCCCAGCGAGAAGACAGCAUGCAUUCCGGGCGCCAGGGACCACACCAUCUGUGUGUCUCGAGCUUUACCAGUCUGGCGGAAAGGGAUGCGAAACAGUGAGAGACAAAGUGGCACAGGUUGUCCUCAGAGAUUUACAACUGAAAGAAAGCAGCAACCAUGAAAUCCUAGCUAUACUUACCAUGAAAAGGGAUGGUUCACUUCACGUAACGUGUACUGAGCAGCAAACAGGAAUCUCAGAGGCAAUCGCUAUCGAAGUUGCAUCAUAGCUGACUGACAAGAAAGGAACUGCUUUAACCUCGUGAUCCAAAUUGUUGAGGGAUCCAUUUUGUACCCACCAAUUCUGGGUUUGUUUAUGAAAUGUAGUGUUCUGUUUCUUUAAAAAAGAACGUGGACUGUGGUCAAAUGUAGAUCCUGCUUUGAUCUUGAACUCAAAAUAUGCAGGUGCUGGAAAUUGGAAAUAAAUUCUGGAAAUAUUCAGCAGGUCAAGUUGCAUCAACCAAGAGGAGCAGAAAUGUUUCAGUUCAUUGGAGUUUUGUUGUGAUAUUGUAACAUUCUGAUGUAAACUGAAUAUUGUCUGAAACAAGGUAUCAGUCCUUUAUAAAGUUUUGUUCCAUCAUUUAGUUCAGGGGGCUGAUCUCCUUUUGGUUAUCAGGAAUAAAUCCUGUGCAAAGUGAAAUGUGAUGUUCAUUGAAGGGUCUCUCUACCUUUGGGUUAAUAAUUUGGAAAUGUGCUGAGGGAUGAGAACAGGACAAGCUAUGGCAUUCCUGAGCCAGUUUCUGAACUUGACAGUUUAUACCAGUGCAUUUCUGUGCCGUUGUUCUUCAUUGCCAUGACAACUACAUUAUACAGUAACUUGUACUGUAUAAGCUUCAUGUACAUAGAACAGUACAACACACUAUGGACCCUUCAGUCUAUGAUGCGCUGUCCUAUAUAAACACUCCAUGGUCCAUCUAUCCCUUCCCUCUUACACAGCCCAAACCCUCCAUCCAUGUGCCUCCAAGAGUCUUUUAAGUGUCCCUAAUGUACCUGCUUCUACCAUCACCCCUGACCUACCUUUGACAUCCCUCUAUACUUUUCUUCAUUCACCUUAGAAUGAUGUCCUCGUAUGAGCCUUUGCUGUCCUGGGGGGUGGGGGGGAUCUCUGGCUGUCCACUCCAUCUAUGCCUAUCAUAAUCUUCUACUCCUCCAUCAAGUUGUCUCUCAUCCUCCUCAACUCCAAAGACAAAAGCCCUAGUUCGCUCAUCCUUUCCUCAUAAGAAAUCGGGCAGCAUCCUGGUAAAUCUUCUCUGCACAGACUUCCAGAUGUUCUUGUCAAUUUAGCCUUGCCAGUGUGUUCUGUGCAAAAACAAAACCUACCUCGGACUUUUCUUCUCCGUUCACCUUAAACAGAUAUCCUCUGGUUUUGGGACAUAGAUGACAGAAAAAUGGAGGGAAGAGUUAGAUUGAUCGCGGAGUAGGUUAACAGGUUAGCACAACGUUAUGGGCCUGUAUUGUGCCUGUAGGUUCUAUAUUCUCUUGCCACCCUGGGGAAAAGGCACUGGUUGCCCAUUCUUUUUAUGCCAUUCCUUUGUCAAGGUGCCUGUCAUCCUAUGAGGUGUGGUUUGUAGUGCUGACCUGGCUACAGUUGAAUCUACUGUGGGAUGCUAUGCCACAAGCGGUGGAUGGGACAGUGCUGUUAUCAUAUCGUUGCCGGAACUCAGAGUGGUGAGGAGCCAGACUGGAAAACACCAGAAGAGUGUGUUGUGGAGGGAGCAGUCAUACAGUUGUAAUGUACAAAUACACUGCCUUUAAGUGAAUGCUUCCAAUAAAACAGUUUCAACAGACGACAACUGCGUCAUGUGCAGUUUGAUGACCCUCAAGUGUGGUGAUUA